CGGGGCCUGCGUCUCUCUAGGGCUGCCAGAGUGGGCGCGUCGCUAUUGGAUGGAGGGGGAAGUAACACCCCAAGAACGCUGUCAUUUCCUGGGCCAAGUUGGGACCCGGACGGCCUCACAAUGAUGAAACGGGCAGCUGCUGCUGCAGUGGGAGGAGCCCUGGCAGUGGGGGCUGUGCCCGUGGUGCUCAGUGCCAUGGGCUUCACUGGGGCAGGAAUCGCCGCGUCCUCCAUAGCAGCCAAGAUGAUGUCCGCAGCAGCCAUUGCCAACGGGGGUGGGGUUUCUGCGGGGAGCCUGGUGGCUGCUCUGCAGUCCGUGGGGGCAGCCGGACUCUCCACAUCAUCCAACAUCCUCCUGGCCUCUGUUGGGUCAGUGUUGGGGGCCUGCUUGGGGAAUUCACCUUCUUCUUCUCUCCCAGCUGAACCCAAGGCUAAAGGAGAUGAGGCAAGAGAAAAUGUACUCCAAGGUGAACCUCCAAAACCCCCACUCAAGUCAGAGAAACAGGAGGAAUAAAGGUCACAUGCAGAUGCA